CACAUGUGAAUGCCGGCCACAGUCACACACCAACAACGCCUCUGACAACAGCCCCAUGUCGUCACCAGGCACGCCCUGAUCUGACCAUUGGACGGCCGACCUCACGGCUCUCCUUUCUCGACUUCCAUCUCCUCAUUCGCUGCCACCAACUCAAGCAACAGCAUCAUGGCGACCACCACAACCACUCAAAGCGACCUCACAAACGGUGUCAACGGCCACCACGCACCUGUUGAGCAGACCUAUCCUCGCUUCUCCGACAUCCCCGCGGUCAUUGAUAUUCCCGUCCGCGGCGAAGACGGAGAUGAAGCCGUGAACCUCGACCUCACCGAGUUGCUCGACGAGACCGACGAGUUGUGCGAUUUGCUCGAGAACGAGAACGCCGCUCGCACCUACUGGGUCACCAUCGCGCUCGCCUAUGCGAAGCAGAACAAGGUCAACAUCGCCAUCGACAUCCUCAACAAGGGCUUGGCCGCGCUUGCAAAGGCGCGGAGUGAAGACCGCCUGAGCGUCUUGACGUGCCUUUGCUGGUUGUAUCUGUGGAAAUGCCGGCAUGCGCCGCGAGUCAAGCCUACACAGCCUCUCGAAGAUGAGCGGAAUAAGGAGCACUUCCUCCACAUGGGCACCCAAACCCUCAACGAAGCCUCGCGUAUCAACCCAUCCUACCCUCCUCUGUUUUUGGCGAGAGGCACCCUCUACCUCCUCCGCGCAUCACUCCAACCAUCCAAGAGCACGCAUUCGGACCACUCCGAGCGAAACGAGACCUUGAAGCAAGCCGUCAAGAGCUUUGAUGAUGCAUAUCGUGCUUCAAAUGGGAAGAAUGUCAUGGCUAUCAUGGGCAAGGCAAAGGCACAAUUCUCCCUCGGCAGUGUCGCACAGGCUUUGAGUUUGUACCAACAAGCGCUCGAGCGUGCGCCGGACAUGCUCGACCCCGACCCACGUAUCGGCAUUGGAUGCUGUCUAUGGCAACUGGGUCACAAAGAGCCCGCCCGCGCUGCCUUUCAGCGCUCUUUGGACCUCAAUCCCGACUCAAUCUCCGCCAACAUCCUACUUGGCCUCUACUACCUCGAGCAAGCCAACCAGUACAAUCCCAAGGACGAAGCAUUCAUGACAUUAUACAAGCAAGCAAUGACCACCCAUACCCAGACGGCCUUCAAGCUUGACGGCAUGCACGCCCUCACCUGUGCCACUUUCUGCUCCUACUUCUUACUUCGCAAAGUGUGGAACAAUGUGGAGAGGCUUGCGCGCAGAGCCAUCGAGCAUACCGACGUCAACGCUAUCGCAUCCGACGGUUGGUACUUGUUGGGUCGCAAAGAGCAUCACGAGGGCGAUUUGCAGAAGGCAAAUGAGCAUUACACCAAGGCAGACCAGGCACGCGGCGGUGACGACAAAGGCUAUGUUCCCGCAAAGUUUGGCAAUGCACAAAUUCGUGUAUCGCAGCGGGACUUUGAGGGCGCCAAGUUCAAGCUGGAGAAGAUUGUGGAAAAGAGCCAACCCAAGAGCGUGGAGGCCAUGACCCUCCUUGGCGUGUUGUAUGCCGAGGAGGUCUUUGCCAACCAGGCCACCGGUGGAAAGGAGGACAAGAGCCAAGAAGCAAAAAAGGCGAUCGGCAUGUUUGAGCACGUCCGGACGGCGUGGAAGGAUGCGAAGCGGAAGAACCUACAGCCCGAUCAAGCUGUGCUGCUCAAUCUCGCUCGCCUUUAUGAGCACGAGGCGCCCGAGAAGGCUCUGGCGUGUCUGCUCCAAGUCGAGGAGAUGGAAAUCGAGGACAUCAACGAAGACGACCUCCCGGAUGAAAUUGGCGAAGACGAGCCCGAGAGGCGGCUGAAGCGAGAGCUGCUCUCGCCGCAGUUGCUCAACAACAUUGGAUGUUUCCAUUUCGCGGCGGAGAAGUUCACAGAGGCUCGGGAGGAUUUCCAAACCGCUCUUUCGGCUUGUGUCAAGCUUGGGGAGCGACAAGCACGGGAAGAGGGCGUGGAAGACUUUGAUACUGACGCCCUCGUCAGCACAAUCAGCUACAACCUCGCGCGUACCUACGAAGCCGAGAAGAUUGACGAUGAAGCAAUCAAGAUCUACCAGGGCUUGUUAGAACGUCACCCGGACUAUGUUGAUGCCAACACGCGUCUUGCAUACCUUGCUUUCAAGGCCAAUCCCUCGGAAGGUGGCGAGGCUAUCAAGCGUCUCAUGGAAUCCGAUCCCUCAAAUCUUGAGGUACGAAGCCUCUACGGGUGGUAUUUGAACCGCACCAAGAAGCGCACGCUCGCCCUCAACGAAGACGCCGAGCAGCGGCACUACAAGCAUACCCUGCAGACAUACGACAAACACGAUCUGUACUCCCUCACCGGCAUGGGGAAUCUGCACCUUCAUGUCGCGCGUGAGAUGCCGCGAGACACGGAUGCACACAAAGAGCGACGCAGCAAGACUUGGAUGCGUGCCGUUGAGUUCUUCGACAAAGUCCUCACACUGGACCCGCGCAACGCAUACGCAGCACAGGGGAUGGGGAUCGCGGUGAUGGAAGACAAGAGAGACACCGCGGCUGCCAUUCAGAUCUUCAGCAAAGUCCGGGAAAGCGUGCGAGAUGGCAGCAGUGUGCACGUGAACCUGGGCCACAUCUUCACCGAAGUCAAACAGUUUUCGCGUGCCAUUGAGAACUACGAACUUGCACUAGCGAAGCUGAAACUGGCCGAGCGGGAAAGGGGACGAGACUCGCAGAUCCUCGCCUGGCUCGGCCGCGUCUGGCUCAUGCGAGGAAGGCAGGAGAAGAGGCUGGACGCGUACAAAACGGCACUGGACUUCUCGCGGCAGGCACUAGAAAGUGCACCCGACAACAUAAACUAUCGCUUCAAUGUGGCGUUUGUGCAGAUUCAGCUUGCACAGAUGGUCAUCUCCUUGCCGGAAGCGUCCAAGAGCCUUGCAGAGGUCGAGCAGGCGGCACAAGGACUCGACGAGGCCAUUGACGCUUUCGGGGAGAUCGCCAAGAUGCCCAAUCCGCCGUUUCCCCGUGGGGAUAUCGAGCAGCGGGCGAACAUGGGUCGCAACACGAUGAAACGCCAGCUGGCGAGUGCGCUCGAGAGACAGGCUGAGUAUGAGAAGAAGAAUGCGCACAAGCUGGAGGAAGCUCGGCGGAAGAGAGAAGAAGAAGUUGCGCGCAGAGAAGAGGAGAAGAAGGCGGCAGAGGAGAGGUUGGCGGAAGAGAGGAGGAGGCUUCGUGAGGAGCGAGAACGCCUGGCGGAGGAAGAUCGGCUGCUGAUUGAGCGACGCAUGGACGAGGAGAAGGCGAGAGAAGCGGCCGAGUGGACGACCGACGAGGAGACUGGCGAAAGGAAGAAACGCGAAAAGAAGCCGAAAGAGAAACGCCAGAAGCGCAAGAAGAAGGGCGAAGAUACCGAUACCGAUGCCGAUGGCGUCUUAGACGGCGAGGGGAUGAAUGGCACCGGCCCUAGUGACGGCGAGGCCCCGGCGCGCCGCAACAAGAAGAGAAAGCUAGAAUCGCGAAAGGGAAGGGCCACGAGCUCGAAGUACAAGUCUGCGGACAUUGUCGAAGACUCGUCGGACGAUGAAGAUAUGAAAGUAUCACAGCCUGCAGCGGAGAGGGAUGAAGAUGAAGAGAGCGCGGUGGAGACACCUCGAGGUGGCGGGGAUCUUAGCGAUGCAUUGCCUGAUGAAGACGAAGUUGCGCCGGCGGUGUCGCGACUGCAGCAGAGGAAGAAGAUUGCGAGGGUGCUGGAUGACGACGAUGAUGAGGAGGAUGAGGAGAUGGAAGACGACGCGGCUAGAAGUGCCGGUACGCCACAAGCUGGAGACAGCGACCACGGCGGCGAUGCACUGUGAGCGGCAUGAGCAGGCAGUCGACCAUGAUAUCGUGCGUAGAGUACAUGUAUUCAGCGAGAUAGAUUACCUC